AUGAUUGAUUUAAAGAUUGUGAGUUCUGAACUGGACAUUGGCUCUGCUAUGAAUUCUGUCAACUCGCCACAAUGUGGAGCUAUAUCAAUAUUUAUAGGAACGACUAGAGAACACUUUAAUGGGAAUAAAGUAAAAACAUUAUUUUACGAAGCUUACGAGUCAAUGGCGUUGAAUGAAAUGAAAAGUAUCACUGUGUUGACUAGACAAAAAUGGCCAGAAGUUGUGAACAUUGCAAUACAUCACAGGAUUGGUGAAGUAAAAGUCGGAGAAGCUAGUGUAGUGAUUGCCGCAUCAUCUCCUCAUCGCAAACAUGCUCAAGAAGCUGUCUCGUUUAUACUUGAAAGACUAAAAACCACCGUUCCCAUUUUUAAAAAAGAGCAGUACGAAGACGGCAGUGGUGUAUGGAAAGCUAAUGAAGAAUGCUCUUGGAAGAGUAACAAUUGA